AUGGAUGCAACCACUGCCCCGCACCGCAUCCCCCCGGAAAUGCCUCAGUACGGGGAAGACUAUCACAUUUUCGAGAUGAUGCAGAACAUGCUGGAGCAGCUCCUGAUCCACCAGCCGGAGGACCCCAUCAGCUUCAUGAUCAGUCACCUGCGCAGGAACAAUGACAAUGUGCCGAGGGUUGUGAUAUUAGGUCCGCCUGCCUCAGGGAAAACCACCAUCGCCAUGUGGCUCUGCAAACACCUGAACAGCAACCUCAUCACCAAGGAGAACUUACUGGAAAGACAGUUUUCCCAGCUGUCUCAGGAAGCCAAGAGAUACUACCAGGUUUACAAGAGGAUUCCCAAUUCGAUUCUUGUCAGCCUUGUCCAGGAGCGUCUGAACGAAGACGACUGCCUCAAAAGGGGCUGGAUCCUGGAUGGCAUCCCCGAAAGGCGGGAGCAGGCUCUGAUGAUCCAGACCCUGGGGCUGGCGCCCAAGCACGUCAUUGUGCUUAAUGCUCCAGACACCGUCCUGAUUGAGAGGAAUGUGGGCAAGCGGAUCGACCCUGUCACUGGAGAGAUCUACCACACCACCUUCGACUGGCCCCCUGAGCCAGAAAUACAGAACAGGCUGAUACAGCCGGAGGGCAUCUCGGAGAUAGAAACAGCCAAGAAGCUGCUGGAGUACCACAGGCACAUCAGCAGGAUUCUUCCUUCUUACCCGAAGAUCCUGAAAACCAUUAGCUCAGACCAGCCGUGUGUGGAUGUCUUCUACCAGGCUCUGACCUAUGUCCAAUCUGGCCACCGAUGCAACGCCCCGUUCACCCCCAAGGUGCUGCUGUGUGGACCACUGGGCAGCGGGAAGAAACUGCAGGCCGCCCUUCUGGCCCAGAAAUAUGGCCUCGUGGACAUCAGCUGCGGGCAGCUGCUGAAGGAAGCUAUGGCGGCCAAGUCGAGCUUCGGAGAGCUCAUCCAGCCCUUCUUUGAGAAGAGGAUGACAGUUCCAGACAGUAUCAUCACCAAGGCUCUGGCUGAGCGUCUGGAGCAACAAGAUUGCAUCCAGAAAGGGUGGGUGCUGCACGGCUUCCCAAGAGACCUGGACCAGGCCCGGAUGCUGACCUCCAUGGGCUACAAUCCCAACAGGGUUUUCUUCCUGAACGUGCCAUUGGAUUCCAUCCUGGAGCGGCUGACACUGAGAAGGACAGACCCUGUCACAGGAGAAAGGUUCCAUCUCAUGUACAAGCCCCCUCCCACCAUAGAGGUCCAGGCCCGCCUCCUGCAGAACCCCAAGGAUUCAGAAGAGUACAUCAAGCUCCAAACGGACCUGUUCUACAGGAACUCUGGGGACCUGGAGCAGUACUACGAUCGAGCCAUCAUUGUCAAUGGAGACCAGGACCCAUACACAGUUUUUGAGUAUAUAGAGAGUGGGAUCAUUAAUCCUCUGCCCAGGAAAGUUACCUGAUAUGUGUGAAGCCAGGAGCAAGCCCUGAAGACACUCAAAUCCCUGCCCUCAACCUUCAACAGACCCCACGCAGUCAAUAAAGAUGCUAGUCACAAACUCGGGUAGCCUUCUUGUGAGGUUGGAGAACACAGGACAGAAGA